UUUCUUCUGGAAGAAAUGAUCCUGGCUUCUCAAUUGGUCUUCUUCACCUGCAUCUGGACUGUACUGACAACUAAUGUUUAUUCUGAUGCUCAAGAUAUCAGGAAGCCCCACCACUGGUGGUCCUCUUCAGUGAAAGGAAUCCGGAAACAAAAUGCUAGAAUGAAGAAAGGUGACAGUACCAAAGUGCGGCUCCUGAAAUCGAAACAACUUCUCCAAAUAGAGGAACAUGAUUUUGCGAUGAGACCUGGAUUUGGAGGCUCCCCCGUGCCAGUGGGUAUAGAUGUCCAGGUUGAAAGCAUUGAAAGCAUUUCAGAACUUAACAUGGACUUUACAAUGACUUUUUAUCUCCGGCAUUACUGGAAAGACGAGAGGCUCUCCUUUCCUAGCAGAACAAACAAAAGCAGGACCUUUGAUCACAGAUUGCUCAAAAAUAUUUGGGUGCCUGAUAUAUUUUUUGUCCAUUCUAAAAGAUCCUUCAUUCAUGAUACAACAGUGGAGAAUAUCAUGUUGUGUGUAGACCCUAAUGGAAACGUCCUCCUCAGUCUCAGGAUAACUGUUUCAGCCAUGUGCAUUAUGGAUUUCAGCAGGUUUCCUCUUGACACUCAAAAUUGUUCCCUUGAACUGGAAAGCUAUGCCUACACUGAGGAAGAGCUAAUGCUUUACUGGAAGCAUAGGAACAAAUCCCUAAAUACUGCGGAGCAUAUGUUCCUGUCUGUCUUCUUCAUUGAAGAGUUCAGUUUAUCAAGUGGAUUUGCUUUCUACAGCAGCACAGGUUGGUACAAUAGACUUUUCAUCAACUUUGUGCUAAGAAGGCAUAUUUUCUUCUUUGUGCUGCAGACCUAUUUCCCAGCUAUGUUGAUGGUAAUGCUCUCGUGGGUUUCAUUUUGGAUUGACCGAAGAGCUGUUCCUGCAAGAGUUUCCCUGGGAAUCACCACAGCGCUGACCAUUUCAACAAUCAUCACUGGCAUGAGUGCUUCUACACCCCAAGUGUCCUACAUCAAGGCAGUGGGUGUGCAUCUGUGGGUCAGCUCCCUCUUUGAGUUCCUGUCAGUCACUGAGUAUGCAGCUGUGAACUGCCUCGCCACAGUGGAAGAGCCGAAACAGUUCAGGAAGAGAGGGCAGUUUUCUGGAAUGUACAAUAUAGAUGCAGUUCAAGCCGUGGCCUUUGAUGGUUAUUACCUUGACAAUGAAGCUGACAUGGGUCAGACUUCCCAUUCUCUACACUCAGAAGAAGACUCCGUUCGAGGACGAUCCACAAGCAGCCCCAACACAGAUUCAUCUCGGGUAGAGAGACAAUCUCUAGGAGUACAUGUUGGUAGAAUUAUUCUUGAGAAAAACCAUGUCAUUGAUACCUAUUCAAGGAUUUUAUUUCCUCUUGCAUAUAUAACAUUUAAUUUGUUUUACUGGGGCAUAUAUGUAUGAAGAGAAAUCCCCAAUGUCUAGAACUUAUUUGGAGUCAGUUUAUGUUAAAAACAACAACACUUGACUAUGAACUGGACAGAGUUUGACUAAACUAUGAUUUAGACAGUCAUCAAUCCUGGCUUAAAGAUUUGAAAGUUGGCUUACUUACAUGUAGGAGAGAGCAUUAGGUCCUAGGAGAAUUCUAUAAAUAAGAGGCAUAAACACAUGCUUUAUGGGCAAUGUCCAUGUAGACAGACAGAUUUCACAACUAUAUCUAAACCCUCCUUGCUUUCCAAUGUAAGUAUACUACAUUUAACUAAGGAAUAAAAUUACAGUGUGACAAGUGCCAGGUUAUCUAAGAAAGCUGAAUCCUCCUGAGGAAAAGCAUCUCCAAAGGUUACUGUGAAAAUGCAAAUGGCUGAGAGUCCCUCCCUCUCCCAUCUUCUGUAAAGUCUUUCAUCUUAUUUCACCAUCAAGUUUCAGGUAUUAUUGAGUCCCAGUGUUGAGGGAAACUUCAGGAUACAGGGCAUCCUAGGGAGUACAUUCUGUUUUCGCGGGGUUUGCACACAUGGAACUGGGAUGCACGCUAGCAUAUUUCUAGCAUAGUCUGUUUUCGCUGGGUUUGCACAUGUGCAACAGAGAUUCCCUUGGUGAAGGGUUCCCUUUUUCCUUUUGCACUAUAUGAAAGGGGAGGAGUUUACCCCCAUCGGGCCAAUGAAAAGUGGGCCCCAGUGUGAUGUCAGGGGCAUUGCAAGAGGAACAGAUCCUGGACAAAGGGGAUCUUCAGUCUUGGUCACGAACCUUGGGUUUUUAGCCUGCUUUUUUUCGGCCCAAAGACCCUCGGGAAAUCUAUCCCCUGAGUCUUUCCUCCUAACUUUUACUUUUUACGUCUAAUAAAGAAUUUAGAAAUCAUACACCUGAACGCGUGUCCCUGGAAAUUCUUUUUCAUCGGAGA